AUAACAGUUGCAUUAUGCUUGUGAAGUAGUAAUGUAUUCUUAAACUGUUAACUGCUGCAGUAGUAUGCUUUGCAAUAUGACCUCCAAAUAAAAUGGAUUGCAGUUUACAUAACUUUUGAAUGACACCGUUGUGUAAUAAUAAUAAUAAUAAUAAUAAUAAUAAUAAUAAUAAUUGUAGUUAUUUUACUUUAACCUGGCAGUGACACACUGCAUGCAUUGUGUUCUGGGUUCUGAGUCAUUUUAAAGUGAAGGUUAAGCAAUGUUACAGUUAUGCAGGCGUGAUGAAUGGACCAUUACACAAAGUGGCAGAGUGAAGGUCCCUGGCAGCAGUGGGCUCAGCCGCUGUGAAGAUGAGUUGCUCCUGGUUGCUGACGGCUCCGUUCUCUGUCCUCUCCCACCUGGAGAUCCACAGGGCUCUCCUGCCUCCCUGCUGCUUCGCUGCCCGGUGGCUGUCCAGCUGUAAGGUGAGCAGGAGCCUGCUGCACUGCUACAAACUGCUCCGCCUGCCAGAGGAUGGGAGCAGCAGCCCGGAGGAGGUGAAGGAAGCCUAUCUGCGGCUGGCCAAAGAGCUCCACCCUGACAGCGGCUCCGCCAGGGCGGACUCAGGGAAGUUCUCCCAGGUAGAGGAGGCCUGCAGGACUGUGCUGGCACACCUAGCAGAGAGGAGGAGGAGAGCGGAGGAAGGCAGGAGGAGGGCUGCCGCAGGUGAGGAGGAGGAGGAGGACGAGAAGCUGAGGCGGCAGGCGCCCCAGCACAGACAGUACCUGAGCUUCGAGGGGGUGGGAAUGGGGACACCAAGCCAGAGGGAGCGGCAGUACAUGCAGUUCCGGGUGGACAGAGCCAUGGACCAGGUGCUGGACUACCGGAGGCGCAGCCUGGAACGGCAGUCUUCAGAGGACGCCUUGACGGCCAGCGAGCUACGGAGGACCAAGAAUAUCAAGAUCACCCAGGCCAUCGAGAGGCUGGUGGAGGACCUCAUCCAGGAGUCCAUGGUUAAGGGGGACUUCAGCAACCUGAGUGGCAAGGGGAAGCCCCUCAGCAAGUUCAGCCACAGCAACCCGUACGUGGACCCCAUGACCCACAACCUGAACCGCAUCCUCAUCGAGAACGGCUACCAGCCCCAAUGGAUCGUGGUGCACAAGGAGAUCCGCGAGACCAUCGCCCAGCUGAGGGCAGACCUGCUGGGCUCCCGAGGGAAGCUCGGGGAGCCCCUCACCCCCUCAAAGCAGAAGCAAUGGCUCCUCAACUGUGAAGCCUUCAGGGCAGACCUGGCCAGGCUCAACAAGAGGGUGGACGGCUUCAACUUGAUCGUGCCCCUGCUGAGCCAGCAGAUGGUGCAUUUCAGUGCGGAGAGGGAGCUGAAGAGGGCACUGCACGCCUACCAGGAGCUGAGGGAGGAGCGGAGAAACUCAGAGGAGAAGGCGGAGACUGGGGAGGCUGGGAAUCCCAAAGGGGGUCUUUUUACGUGGGUGCAGAACCUGUUUAAGUAAGCACUUUGGUUAAGAUGUAUUUAAUAUGGGUUCUUACUUGCACAGUGAUCGCCCCUGUUUGAAUCAAGGACACAUUAUCUGAAGAGGAAUUAAACAAUUGCUGUGAUGCAGAACUAGCAGCAAACAACUAAGGUGUGGUGAAAAGUUGUUUGGAGCAGUGAAGUACCUUUUAAAAUGAUGUUAUUCCACUCUAAUAAUUUGCCUUGGCACUUGCUUCACAGUAAGGGCCCAUUCUGAAGCACUGUAAUGCUAUUUAAAUGUGAUAAACAUUUGAAACUUGAUUUGAUUAGGUAUUUCAUUCUUCUUGGCAGUUUUGUUCCCGCUGAUGGGGAUAUGACGCGUUGUGCUGUGCUCAUCUGCUCACCUUUGUACUUUCUACAGUGGUUGAAAAUGAUUGUAAUCUUCACAGAGACAGCAGUGUAGUGGUUAGUGCUCUGGAUUCUUGUCCGCAGGGUCGUGGGUUCAGUCCCAGGUGGGGGACACGGCUGCUGUACCCUUGAGCAAGGUACUUUACCUAGAUUGCAACUGUAUAAAUGGGUAUGUAAAAAUAAUGUGUAAAAAAAUAAAUAAUGUAAUUGUAUGUAAAAAAAUGUGAUAUCUUGUAACAAUUGUAAGUUGCCCUGGAUAAGGGUGUCUGCUAAGAAAUAAAUAAUAAUACAGAAACACAUAUACAAUGAAGAUAAAUAGCUGCUUUGGACUCUAUUUAUGAGACUUUAUGGAAUGGUUUGCUAGGGACUGCUUUUUAAAGCCUAUUUUAAAUAAAUACGUUUGCAAUUCAGAAAAAAAAACUGAAAAUGUUAUAACACACUCUUCAUGAAAAAAACCAAAACAGCGAUGAACAGGAAUUGAAGUUUGGAGGACGGGGAAUUUGUACUUGGUGAAAUGCAGAGGCUUCUCCUUCUAAUGGAAGAGGGCCAUUCCACUCCAGGUUUAACA